GUGGCUAAACCCCUUGUUUAAAAUUGGUCACAAACGGAAAUUAGAAGAAGAUGACAUGUACUCGGUGCUUCCGGAAGAUCGCUCCCAGCACCUUGGAGAAGAGCUGCAAGGGUACUGGGAUCAAGAAGUGUUGAGAGCCCAAAAAGAUGCACGGGAGCCUUCUUUAAUGAAAGCAGUCAUGAAGUGUUACGGAAAAUCCUACUUAGUUCUGGGAAUGUUAACAUUUCUUGAGGAAGGCACCAGAGUAGUUCAACCCAUAUUUUUUGGGAAAAUGAUUAGUUAUGUUGAAAACUACGAUCCUACCGAUUCUGCUGCUUUGCAUGAAGCCUACGGCUACGCGGCAGCGCUCAGCGCCUGCGUGCUCGUGUGGGCCAUUCUGCACCACGUGUACUUCUAUCACAUUCAGCGUGUGGGGAUGAAGCUGAGAGUAGCCGUGUGCCAUAUGAUCUACCGCAAGACACUUUGCCUUAGUACCUCGGCCAUGGGGAAGACCACCACAGGCCAGAUAGUUAACCUGCUGUCCAACGAUGUGAACAGGUUUGACCAGGUAACAAUGUUCUUGCACUAUCUGUGGGUGGGACCACUGCAGGCUAUCGCAGUGACCACCCUGCUCUGGAUGGAAAUAGGAAUAUCGUGUCUUGCUGGGAUGGCAGUUCUCAUUAUUCUUCUGCUUUUGCAAAGCUGCACCGGGAAGUUGUUUUCAUCACUCCGGAGUAAGACUGCAACUCUCACAGAUGACAGGAUCAAGACCAUGAGUGAAGCCAUAACUGGCAUCAGAACAAUAAAAAUGAAUGCUUGGGAAAAGUCAUUUAUAGACCUUAUUACCAGAUUGAGAAGGAAGGAAAUUUCCAAGAUUCUGAGGAGUUCCUACCUUAGGGGCAUGAAUUUGGCAUCAUUUUUUGUUGUGAGCAAAAUCAUGAUUUUUGUCACCUUCAUCAGUAAUGAGCUCCGUGACAACCUGAUCACAGGCAGCCAAGUGUUCGUGGUGGUGAUGCUGUUCGAGACUCUGCGAUUUUCUAGCACCCUCUACUUCCCCAUGGCCGUUGAGAAGAUGUCAGAGGCCGUUGUCAGCAUCCAAAGAAUCAAGAACUUUCUAUUACUUGAUGAGACGUCACAUUGCUACCCUCAGCUGCCAUCGAAUGGUGAAAUGAUAGUGGGCGUGCAAGAUUUAACAACUUUUUGGCAAAAGACAUCAGAGACUCCAACCCUACAAGGCCUUUCCUUUACUGUCAGACCUGGUGAACUGUUAGGUGUGGUCGGACCUGUGGGAGCAGGAAAGUCCUCACUGUUAGGUGCUCUGCUCGGGGAGCUGCCCCCGAGCCAGGGGAAGGUCAGCGUGCACGGGAGGAUUGCAUAUGUUUCUCAGCAGCCUUGGGUAUUUCCAGGAACUGUGAGGAGUAACAUUUUAUUUGGGAAGAAAUAUGAAGAAGAACGAUAUGAAGAAGUAAUAGAGGCUUGUGCUUUGCAACAGGAUUUACAGCUUUUGAAGGAAGGAGAUCUAACUGUGAUAGGAGAUGGAGGAACCCCGCUGAGUGAAGGACAGAAAGCCCGGGUCAGCCUCGCCAGAGCUGUGUAUCAGGAUGCAGACAUCUACCUCCUGGAUGAUCCGUUCAGCGCAGUGGAUGCAAUAGUCAGCAGGCACUUGUUCGAACAGUGUAUUUGUCAGGCCUUGAAGGAGAAGAUCACAGUCUUAGUCACUCAUCAAUUGCAGUACCUAAAAGAUGCAAGUCUGAUUCUGAUGUUGAAAGAUGGCAAAACGGUGGAGAGGAGGACUUCCUCUAAGUUCCUGAAAUCCAGGGUAGAUACUUUUUCCCUUUCUGAGAAGGGGACUGAGCAGCCGGAACCGUCUCCAGGUCCAGGAACUCCCAGUCUGAUCUCCGAGUCUUUGGAUCCAUCUCUACAGUCUCCCAGACCCUCAUUGAAAGAUGCGGCUCUAGAAGACCAACAUGUAAGUUUUUCAUCGUGUGACAUGUCCUG